UAGAUUUAGUUUUUUAUCUAUAUAAUCUAUAUAAUGUACAUAAGAUAUAAAUAUUUUACCUUAAAAUCAUGAACCGAAAUCCUGAUAUAAUGUUCAUGGCCGAAUAUAUUAAAAAUGUGUUGUAUUUUGCUACAGUACGACCAGGAAAAGUACUUAAAAACACAGCUGGAACGCAUUACUUCACCAUUGAUAAUGAUUUAGUUUACGAAAACUAUUACUCAGACUUUGGUCCUUUAAAUCUAGGUUGUGUUUAUAAAUAUUGUAGGAUAUUGAAUGAAAAAUUAAAACAAUAUUUAAAUAAGCAGAUUAUUAUUCAUUAUACAUCAAUCGAUACGAAGAAAAAAGCUAACGCAGCAUUUUUGUUGGGAUGUUAUGGUGUACUUUAUCUGAGCUUAACUCCAAGAGAUGCCUUGAAACCACUUAUGGUACAUGGUCAAAGUUACAGACCUUUUCAAGAUGCGAUACAAGGCGAUUCAUGUCAUACGAUUAAUCUAUUUGACUGUUUACAAGCAAUAAAGAAAGCGCGCGAAUUGGGUUUUUUUAAUUUUCAGGAUUUCAAUUAUGAGGAAUAUGAUAGGUUAGAUAAAAUACAAGGCGGUGAUCUCAAUUGGAUUGUUCCAGGUAAAUUUUUGGCAUUCAUUGGUCCUGUGGACUGCAGUGUCUCAUUGUAUCAUCCACCAGAGAUGUACAUAGAUUAUUUUCUCGAGAAUAAAGUUAAAAUUGUCAUCAGACUUAAUAAACGAUUAUACGAUAGUAAUAUCUUCAGUAAUGUUGGUAUCACGCACUAUGAUCUAUUUUUCCCUGAUGGUUCAUGCCCACCUCGGCAUAUACUAUUCAAGUUUUUGCAGAUCAGUGAAGGAGAUGAUGGGGCUAUUGCCGUUCAUUGCAAGGCAGGUCUUGGUCGCACGGGCUCGCUAAUCGGUUGCUAUCUCAUGAAACAUUAUCGAAUGACCUCUCACGAAGCUAUAGGCUGGAUGAGAAUUUGCAGACCUGGUUCCGUGAUUGGCCAUCAGCAGAGUUGGUUAGAAGAAUUGGAACCGUGGCUGCUAAAACAGGGGAAUAUUUAUAGAAAACGCAUUUACCAAAACACGGAAAAAUUCCCUAUACACGAAUUUGGGGUGUAUUCGAUUACUGAAAAGACCAUAAAACAAAGGCCGGUAAUAUUCCAUAAAUCGCCGUCGCCCCCACCGCCUAUGCAAAGAGAAAUACGCUCAGACUUUAUGCCUGUUAGGCCACAAGCAUCCAGAGUUCGAGAAGAAAAAAACGAAGAAGAGAUAUUCCUCACUUCUUGCGAUUUGACGACAAAGUCUGUAGCUCCUAUGACUCAAAUCAAAGGCUGCGUAAUAAAAAAUGAAGUAAAUCUCGAAGAAUGUAAUGAGAAUGAUCAAAGUAGCGAACAAAACAUGUCGUUUUGGAAAAAGUAUCUUUGUUGUCAUGCAUGUUUCACAACAUGUAACAACACUUUAUGGAUGUUGGCGGUGCGUUGUGCUGGCGUUACUCCCAAAUUAUGUGAAAAUAGUAUUUUUUGCGACUUCAUAGACAGGGUAGCUCCUUAUAAAAUGGCCGAAAAGGAGUCAAGUGACUGCCGUGUAAGAGUUCCAAGAGUAAACAGCCAAAAGACGCAAAUUCAAAGUUUCCAAAAUGGCAUUCAAAGCAGAGAUCGAAAUGAUGUCGGGGGUGUUAUGUCUCAACGUGGUAGUGGUGCUGGUGAGCCGAGAGGGCGGUCACCGUUACCCGGCAGUACUGCUAGAUCUCAAGUGCAACGCAACAGUUCAAUGUCUAAUGAACUUAAUUCAAAAAUCUCUGGUGGAUACAAUCACCCUAUACCCACAUUUAGAACAACUCAAGGACCUAUUAUUAAAACAAUAAACGAUGCAAGGAACUUCCUGAUGAAAUCCAGUAUAUAUAAAGUAGGACGAGAAAGGCAACUGAAUUCUUCAAUAACAAUAACUCCUCGAUGUACAUAUCGAGCAUCUGAUUAUGCAGAAAACUUUGUAACUGAACGCAUAUCCCAUGUCACGCCUUCAUCUUUCAGCACAGUAACAAGAGGUCCUACUCAGCCUCAAUGUCGACGUCGUCUUGGUCGAAGCCCAAGCCCGCCACAACGCUAUGAACAAAGUCGUGCCACGAAUACACCUACAACCGCUGAAAGGUUCCUUGCAAAAGAUACUUCAAAGUCGGCGGCAUUGAGAGAAGAAUUAUCUAGAUUAAAAUUAUCGUGUCCACGCGAUGGGUCCAUCGGUGCGGCAUCGUUGGGGGCUCGACGUGACGCCCCGGCCCCCAAACGAGCUCCCAGUGUCCGGUCGGACGAGCGCCCUCAUGCAACACAAGGGGACUUGCUUAAUAGCAUUAAGUUCCAAAGAAGAUUCCGUGAUUCUUUUCAUUCCGAUAAAUUGAAUACUAUUUAUACUGAUAAACUCAGCUCGCUAAUUAAGGAUAAAACUAGUAUGAAGAAUGCAAACUCUAGGAACAAUAUUGGGACCAGGCGCACCUUCAAUCAGGAAUUCUGUGCACCAAAAGAAAAAUCUAGUACAGCUUCGAGAGACUUCGCUCCGCCUCGACCGAACUCGCCCAAAGGAAGACGGAACGCAAAUAGCACUUUCCAUUAAUAUCUACAUGUGGCCAUUGAAAUUCUGUUGUGUUAAUGAACAAAUAUAUUUUUUAUUAUUUACACAUUAUUUAAUUUUAACAUUUGUUUAAAAUUAUGAGGAGCAUUUUCCUCUAUCAACUGGCAGAUUUGUAAUACAUUAUAUCACAUGCCUAACAUUAUAAUUGACAAAGUAAAAACUGAAAACUGUGGUCUCUUUUUUAGUUCUUGUUGAAUAUGAAACUGAUUGAUAAAUAAAAUUUUAAAAAAAUCAAAAAGUUUUACUUAUAUAAGCGAUAUAAUAACAACGAUUUUAUAUUAACAAUCUGCCAGUUGUAACCUAAAUUUUCGAUAUAUUUACAAAUACUCUACUUACAGACUAAUAUUUACAAGAUGGCUAACUGCUUAAAAAGCCGACGUUAAACAGCAGCCGGUCGACUCUUCCUACAUAAAAUCAUGUAUGACAUAUUCGGCUACUUCCUUGUUUUACAAUUUUAAAACCGACUUUA